AUGUCCACGACGUCUCCUCCUUCUCGCAUUUCGAUGGGGGCCGUUUCUGUUGACCGAGGAAGCCCCGGCGCUGACCCAGAUUCAGCGAGCGGCGCCGGGGUUUCAAAGCCGUACGACCGCGAACUCUUUAUGGCUUUCUUAGCUGCAACCACUCGACUUUUCUGCGAUGACGAACAAAUUGUGGUCGUGGACUUCCUGGCCUCAGAAGAGAAGGCCUUCACGGAGAGGGAACUGAUCGACAGACUCGGCUGGCCAGACAAACGCGUUCGAGAGGUUUGCGCUUCCUUGGAGAGGCUGAUGCUGAUCCAGAAGGAGCAACUUAGCGCUGCGAGUGCACAAGCAUUGUCCAAUGCAAGCGCGGAUGGAGACACUGCGUCCAGCAGUGUGGGGGGCACCACGGACUAUGGGCGUGGCUCUAUGCCUGGCGGCGCUGCUUUGCUAGGUUCGGGGGCGUCCUCUGCUGCUCCUUUUUACUACCGCGUGUCGCCGUAUGCAGUCAUAGUGGUGCAGUACCGCAUAGAGCAGAUUGACACCAAACUGAAGCAGCAAAGGCGAGAGGCAGAGACAAGGGACGUCUUUGUUUGUCCCAUUUGUGGCCGUCAGUACGAUGCACUUGAAGCUCAAAGGCUCAAGCUCGACCCAGAAGAUGCUACAUUUCUGUGUGACUGUGGCUCUAAACUCGAACACGAGGACUCGAAGACCGUGGUGGAGCAUCUCGCGUCGCUGCAGCAGCGGCUGCAGGAGCAGCUGCAGCUGCUGCGGUCGCUCAUCAGCCGCUGCUGGAGCAUGCGUGUGCCUGUUUUCGCCCCUUUUACUCGAGCAGAGAAAAAUGAGCUGAAGAAACAGCAGGACAAAAGCAGCAAAACUAAUGCUGGCUCGUCUGUCGGAUCCGCUGUUUCGUGCAGCAGCGAUAAUCCAGCCAGCGCAGUACCUACCUGGCGCCAAGCAGGGCCUGCAAGUGAGGCAAAGCUGCAGAUGAGUGGCACUCGACAAGGCCAAGCGGAAGGGACGAAAAGCUCGGUCUCUACUCCUUCGUGGAUGCGCAGUGGAAGCGGCGCUUCCUUUUCUUACGGUGCAGCCCCUGCGGCUGCUUCUUUGCCGGGUCAUCCUCCUGGCGCAGCAGCUGUUGCUUCUGCUGCUGCGCAGGGAGCUGAUCACUCGAUGCAGCCGAAGGACAAUACUGCCCCGCCCGUCAAUCAGCCGCUAUCUGCAGCGGGAGGCAAGCGUGGGCAGAUAAAAUUCAGUAUGAAGACCAGCAACAAGCUUUCUACCUUGCGUGGGACGCCCGCGUACAAGCCAGGGGUACCAGCAGCAACAGCAGCGACCGCAGCAAGUGCAACAACGGCCAAUGCUGCAGGGAAAAUAUACGGGGAAACCGGAGCAGCAGCAGCGCAAACAGCAGGGGCGCCAGCAGUAGUGCCUUCAGGUCAAAAGACACAACCGGCAGCGCUGGGUCUGGAGAACAAAGGACAUGGAAGGGACGAGACAGUGCCAGACAGGGAGGAGGCCUCUACUCUGGGCGCAGCGGAGAGACCAUUUGGGGGAGAAACUGCAGGAGCGCCAGAGCCUGGAGCGGGAGCAGCAGCAGAAGACAUCACCGGUGCUGCUGCUGCUGAAGAAGCGCCUCGCGUCUAUAUUUCCCGCUUGGGCAGAGAUUUCACGAUAGAGGAGGCGGUGGAGUACCAGUUGGAUAUGUCCAUAGAGGAACAUGAGAAAUUUAUGGAGCUCCAGUCCACUUACCUCGACGAUCUCUGA